UUAAAAUACCCGAUUUCAAAUAAAUAACGAAUGUAGAUAAAUAUUAAAAUACUGGAAGUUCGAAGAAAUUGUUAUAUUUGUAAAAGUAGUUUUCAGCAGAAUUUAUAUGCUAAUAUCAUCUGAAAUUCAUUUGAUUGAUACUUAUCUAGUUUUCACCAAACGCGUCGGUUUUGCUCGCUUUUGUUGAAAGAAAAAAAACAAGGCAAAUAAACCUUGAAAGAAUAUGAAUUCAGCAAAUAGAUAUAACACUCCCAGUGCCAAACGGCUGAAACGUGAAAAAACCACAGUAUCUAACAAUUCCAAUAGUGACAAAGAUCCAGUACAUGUGUAUUGCAGAUUGAGACCCUUAGAAGAGGGAUCAGAACCGUCUUCUUGUAUUAAAAUUUUGUCUGCGAAUACCCUGGGUUUGUAUACACCCGAAUCUAAAUCGGUCACUAAAGAAGUUCACUACAAAUUUAAACAUAUAUUUACUGGGUUUUCUACACAGUCCGAGAUUUUUAAUCAUGUUGCUUAUCCCCUCCUGGAGGAUGUGCUGAAUGGAAAAAAUGGUUUAUUGUUUACCUAUGGAGUUACUGGAUCUGGAAAGACAUAUACUCUCACUGGCAAUGAAAAUGAUCCAGGUAUAUUACCUAGAACAAUUGAUACUUUAUUUAAUUCCAUAGAAGGUUACCAGGCUCCUAAAUGCGUUAUAAAGUCUGAUAAAAUGAAUGGCUUUGAAAUACAAGCUGAAGAUGAUGCUCUUCAAGAUAGGCUGCAGGCUUGUAGGAAUUAUGGAAAAACUCCUAAGGCAAAUAGAAAAGGCAGCGGCGAAAAAUUGCACUACGUCAAUGCAGGAACUCGUAUUCAGAAUAUCAAUGAGAUGAAUUUGUAUUCCGUCUUUGUCAGUUACGUUGAAAUCUAUAAUAACAGCGUUUUUGAUUUGUUAGACGAUUCUUCAGGAAAGACACUUCAAAAUAAAAUCCUACGAGAAGAUCGUUAUAAAAAUAUGUAUGUUAAUGGAGUUGUAGAAGUGGAGGUUAAAAGUGCACAAGAAGCUUUCGACGCUUUUAAUGCUGGUCAGUUUCGAAAAAAAGUAGCGGCAACCGCUUUAAAUUCAGGAUCAAGUCGAAGUCACUCUAUCUUUAAUAUAAGAGUCGUUCAGUUGGAGCAGUCUACAAUAAAUAGUGAGGGACAACCUGCUGUACCAUCUGAAAAUUAUAUUAAAGUCGGUCAAUUGAGUUUGGUUGAUUUGGCAGGAUCAGAAAGAACUAACAGGACCAAUAACAUCGGAAUGCGUCUAAAAGAAGCAAGUAGCAUCAACAAUUCUUUAAUGUCAUUGCGAACUUGCCUGGAAAUUUUAAGAGACAACCAAAUUAAUAAGAAUAACAGACUGGUUCCGUACAGAGACAGUAGACUCACCUUUUUAUUUAAGCACUAUUUUGAGGGCGAUGGAACUGUUAAAAUGAUCGUUUGUAUUAAUCCAACAGUGGAUGAUUUUGAGGAAAAUGUGCAGGUUCUUAAGUUCGCAGAGAUGACCCAAGAUGUAAAAAUUUCAAAACCAGAAGUCAGAUAUAAUACAAUUAAAAAAACAAUUGCUCGUAAUAAAGAAAACCAAAAUCCCAUCAAAACCAAGAUAUCCUCUUCAUUUACGCUGUUGCCUGAAGUACCAAUGGUUAAAUUCAACGUAGAGAAUUGGAAGGAGUGCCAAUCGGCUAUCGACAAAGUUUUAAAUAUACUAAAGUUAAGAAGUAAUAAAAAACUUCAGAUUAGUAAAGAAAUGACCGAGAGGCAACAAGACUUAAGAAAAAAAUUGGUGCAUCUAAAUCAGCAAUGCGUGCUAACCAGUGCUGAAAUUAAAAGUUUAAAAACAGUCAUUCAUAAGGAAAAGGCCAAAUCGAAAAAUGAACUGAUCAAGAUGAGAGAUCUCGAAGCAGUAAAUCAGGAGCUGGAAGCGAAAAAUGAAGAAUUGCUCAGCGUUGUGCGCUGCCUUAAACAAACUAUAAACGAAAAAGAUUUAAAAAUCAAUCAACACCUGUUUGAAAAGGAAAGAACUAAACAAAGAUUAGAUUUAGCCCAAGAAAAGAUGUCUCAAGAACUAGAUGCCAAGUUACGUCGACAACGUGAUCACUUAAAUUCUGUAAUGAAGGCUAAAGAUGAGAAGUUAAGAAUGGUAAAAGGAAUCUUGGAAAGCGAAUUGCCGCCUAUCGAAAUGAAUAUGAUCGAUAUCGAUAACACCAUCGCUGAUCUGACCGCCCAAAAUACGGUGAAAAGCGUGGGUUCGCAACUAACUCAAACAUCAAAGACUCACACUCCAACUACUUCUCAAGUCCAUAGGAGAAAUAUUACAGGCACUCCUGCGCCCAGGUCCAGAAGGUCUCGCUCAGCAGGCGAGGUGUGGCUUGAACAUAACGUCAUCAAACCAUGCCCUUUGGGUACAGUCAUGCAACCUACAAUGAAAAAACGGAAAUCGGUCUCGAAAUUGGACAAAGCUAGCGAUAUAACAAAUCCAAAGCAAAGUAAAUAUUGCCUUGUGGCCCAAGAACCCGACACUGAAGGAGAAUUGGAGACAAAAUUAUACAAAGCCGAUAUCGUACCAACUUGUGGUGGAGGAGCUCAAGUUAUUUUUAAUGAUGUGGAGCGUCUAAAGCAAGAAUCUCCUACUAAGAGUUCUUAAAGGUCUUUAACUUAUUAAGCCCUUAAAAACAAGAUAUAGCAAAAAAGUCAACUGUUUAGAAGUCUGUUAGAUUUGUCUAUUGACUGGUAGUCAAUUUUACCAUUUGCUUUUUUGUUGGUAUUAAAACUCGUUGUGAGCAGUUUUAUUUAUUUAUUUUAUUUUAUGCCAGUAAUGUAAAUUUCAUGUACUUAACAAUAUUCUGUAGAUCUGCUUUUACAAUUUCCACAGAUCAUUAACCUUAAAACUUAUAUAGCUUCUAAGCCUUUUAAUGUAUGUAUUUUAUAUUAUUUAAUAAAAAAAACUUUAAACUA